AUGUCUAAGCCUAACGUGCCAUCUUUAUCCUGGUCUGAUUGGAAGCAAGUCCUUCACGGAUUUUGGCCCUCCAAACCAACUUUCAAAGAAGAUCAAUAUCCAAGCUUAGAAGGAAAAGUUGUUAUUGUCACAGGUGGUAAUUCUGGAAUCGGGUAUCAAACAGCUAAGUCAUUAGCUGGUUCCACAAAAGCUAAAAUCUAUAUAUUUUGUCGUAGCAAGGAAAAGGCUUUAGAAGCUAUCAGGAAAAUGCAAUUAGAACUUGCACAAGAGUACAAUGUUGCAGAAAGAGAAAUCAAUUUUAUUCAAUGCGACUUGGGAGACUUGGAAUCUAUUAAACCCGCAGUUGAAGAUUUUCUUAGUAAAGAAAGUCGUCUCGAUAUUAUUAUUCAUAAUGCAGGUGUAAUGAUGCCACCUCCAGGAAGCAAGACAAAGCAAGGUUUUGAAUUACAAUUGGGUACCAAUGUAUUGGGAACACACUUAUUACAAAGAUUAUUAGAUCCAAUAUUCAUUAAAACAUCUCAAGAAAACAAGAAGGGAGAAUCAAGAAUAGUGUGGGUUGCAUCUACAGCUCAUCAAUUGGCACCACUUGGGGGAUUUCAUUGGGAAGAUUUAAAUUUUGAGACUAUUAAGAAUUUCACCUCCCAAACAAAGGGAACACUUUACGGACAAAGUAAAGCUGGUAAUAUUAUACAAGCUAGAACGUGGCCAUUGAAACACGAUGCCCCAAAUGUCAUUAGUUCAUCUGUUUGUCCUGGAUAUUUAAGUACCGAGUUACAGAGAUAUGCCAGUUGGACUGAAAAAUUAAUUUACAGAUACGUGUUAUAUGAUCAACGAUACGGAGCUUAUACUGAGUUAUUUGCGGCUUUGUCUCCAGACGUACAAAAUCGUUCUCAUAGCAUUUCCUUUGGUACCCCUUCACAUGUGAGAAAGGAUUUAGAAGAUGAGGGAGCAAACGAAAAGGCUUGGACUUACUUCGAUAAGGUCACUGACCAUUAUUUAUAG